GAGAGAGAGGGAGAGAGAGUCUGCGAUGAGAGAACGGGGGGAGGAGUCUGAGCAUGUGAGCAUACUGACACAUAAGAGAGAGCUAAGCAAGCAACAACACACGAGACGGAGAGAUUUGAAGAACGGGACGAGAGGAACAGAAAGGGAGAGAUCCUCUUCAGUCGUCCUUCCUCCCUAGUUUCUCCUCUCAGCUGUGCCGGAUCUCCUCCUCCCCUCCUCCCCCUCCUCCUCCUUCUUCUUCUUCCUGCAGCCUUUUUGGAACAACACCAAAGAUCAAAAUCUGAUUCAGGAGAAGAUGAAGAAGAGCACUUUGGAGAUGGAGAGAUGACGGGGGUGUGUGACAGGCGUACAUGUGUGUGUCUGGGUGUGUGUGUGGGAGUCCUGGAGCUCCGCGGCACGGCGUUGGAUGCAAGGUUCCUCCUCGCUGCUAGCACACAAACAACCUCUUGUUUUUCUGUCGCUGUGCGAGUCCAGCAGCUUUAAGCGUGGGCAGAGUGUGUGAUUGUUUCAUUGUGGAUUCCCUUUUCUCUCUGUUUUCUUCUCCAAAAAAAAGUGAAUGAACGUGGAGAAGGCAGGACUUUUUUUUUAUUAAACUCAGUGGACUCAAUCCACACCCUGCAUCUGAAAUAAACUCUUCAAAUUCGGACCCCCUCUGUGUGUUUUUUUUUUUUGCACAGUUUCGGGGCCUUAUUCUUGGGCCAAUCAAGCCAGAGGGUUGCAAGCUGGUGCCUUCCCCGUUUAUGCUUAGCCUCCCUCUGGUCUUCUCCUCAUCCCUCCCUCCAUCCGCCCCCUGAGGCCCCCAUUGUCAUCAUUAAUUUCUAUUGCGAGUCGCCCAUGAAUAAUGGAAGCAGCGGAGUCUCCUCUGGACUAGUGCCUUAAGGGUGUGAGGGGGACAGAAGAAGGAGAGGAGCACAAACAGAGGGGUUAGAAAGCAGAGAAGAAGAGUGUAAGAGAGAGAGAGAGAGGCGAAGGGGUGUGUCCUGUGACGAACGGAUGAAUGGAAGAGCAGCCGACUGAGGAACAACACGUGCUCUGACGGCGAGAGAGAGAGAGAGGAGAGGACGGGACAGUGUCGUUUACAACCAGGCCGCACCUUCAUCCACAAACAGCUGGAAAAACAAACCAGAUAAAGGACAGAGAAAGAGAGGAGGGAUGCUCUGAUUGAACGCCAAACUGCUCUUCAUUCCCGUCUCUUCAGUGUCUUUUUAUUUCUUUUUGAACUUUUGUUGGAUUCCCCCUGAAGCCUUUGGGUUUUACACCGUUGGUCCACUUUAACAAGAAGGUUUAAAUUGUGCACAGGGUUUCUUCACAGAACCAAAGCAGGUUUGCUGGACUGGAGACUCAUUUGAAGAGGUGUCAAAGAAAAACAAAAAAAAAGGCUUUUAGAGACCUGAAAGGGGGACAGCCUCUUGAAGAAAAUAUCUGAUAACUUCACUUUGUGUUCGACUAGCAUGUGCAUUUGUUGACAAAGAAUGACGAGCAAGACGCCCAUGAUGUAACUCUCUCUCUCUCUCUCUCUCUCUCUCUCUGUGUGGAUGGACUUCAGAGAAAGUGCCUGAACUUUGUAGCUUUGUUUGAAAGGAAACCAAAAAGGAAUAGAAACCUGGUCUCACUGAACCAUGGAUGACUCGAGUAUUUUGAGGCGGAGGGGACUCCAGAAGGAGCUGAGCCUUCCCAGAAGAGGCAGUUUCUGCAGGACGAGCAACAGGAAGAGCCUGAUUGUGACGUCCAGCACCUCCCCGACCCUGCCACGACCUCACUCACCUCUACACGGACACACAGGCACCAGCCCUCUGGACAGCCCCCGAAACUUCUCCCCCAACACAGCUGCACACUUCUCCUUUGUUCCUGCUCGCAGUCACGGACACAGGGCUGACAGGACGGAUGGCAGACGCUGGUCUCUGGCCUCGUUGCCUUCCUCUGGUUAUGGCACCAACACUCCCAGCUCCACUGUCUCGUCCUCCUGUUCAUCUCAGGAGAAGCUGCACCAGCUGCCCUUCCAGCCCACGCCGGACGAGCUGCACUUCCUCACCAAACACUUCAGCUCCGAGAGCAUCACGGACGAGGAUGGACGCCACUCCCCCGCCAUGAGACCGCGCUCCCGCAGCCUCAGUCCUGGACGCUCACCCAUCUCCUUCGACCAUGAGAUUGUGAUGAUGAACCACGUUUACAAGGAGAGGUUCCCCAAGGCGACGGCUCAGAUGGAGGAGCGUCUGGCUGUGCUGCUCUCCUCCUCGUCCCCCGAUAGAGUCUGCCCGCUGGCCGACGGGGUCCUGAGCUUCAUCCACCAUCAGCUGAUCGAGCUGUCCAGAGACUGCCUGGAGAAAAGCCGAGAGGGCCUCAUCACCUCCCGAUACUUCUACGAGCUGCAGGAGAACCUGGAGAAGCUGCUGCAAGAUGCUCACGAGCGCUCAGAGAGCGUGGAGGUUACCUUCGUCACACAGCUCGUCAAGAAGCUGAUGAUCAUCAUCGCCCGCCCAGCGAGACUGCUGGAGUGUCUGGAGUUUGAUCCCGAGGAGUUCUACCAUUUGUUAGAAGCAGCAGAGGGCCAUGCCAAGGAGGGACAGGGCAUCAAGUGCGACAUCCCCCGAUACAUCAUCAGCCAGCUGGGCCUCACCAGGGACCCCCUGGAGGAAAUGGCCCAGCUGAGCAGCUAUGACAGCGGGAACCCAGAGACCCCCGAGACUGACGACUCGGUGGAUGGUCGAGGACAGAGCGUCCCUGCAGCUCCACCUCCAACUAAAACCAAAACCCCUCGAGAGGAAGACUUUGAAAACAUCAAACUCAUCAGUAACGGAGCCUACGGCGCCGUGUUCCUGGUGCGUCACAAAGAGACCCGUCAGCGUUUCGCCAUGAAGAAGAUCAACAAGCAGAACCUGAUCCUCAGGAACCAGAUCCAGCAGGCCUUCGUGGAGCGGGACAUCCUGACGUUCGCUGAGAACCCGUUUGUGGUCUCCAUGUUCUGCUCCUUUGAGACCCGGAGGCACCUCUGCAUGGUGAUGGAGUACGUGGAGGGUGGAGACUGUGCCACGCUGCUGAAGAACAUUGGCGCUCUGCCCGUGGAUAUGACUCGUAUGUACUUUGCAGAGACCGUCCUGGCUUUAGAAUAUCUGCACAACUACGGCAUCGUGCACAGAGACCUCAAACCCGACAAUCUUCUCAUCACCUCCAUGGGACACAUCAAGCUGACGGACUUUGGUCUCUCAAAGAUCGGUUUGAUGAGUUUGACCACCAAUCUGUACGAAGGACACAUCGAGAAAGACACCAGAGAGUUCCUUGAUAAACAGGUCUGCGGCACUCCAGAGUACAUCGCCCCGGAGGUGAUCCUGCGUCAGGGCUACGGGAAGCCGGUGGACUGGUGGGCGAUGGGCGUCAUCCUCUACGAGUUCCUGGUGGGCUGCGCUCCUUUUUUUGGAGACACACCAGAGGAACUGUUCGGUCAGGUCAUCAGCGAUGAGAUCAUCUGGCCCGAGGAGGAGGAAGCUCUGCCUCAGGAGGCUCAAGAUCUGAUCUCCAAACUGCUGAGACAGAAUCCUCUGGAAAGACUGGGCACAGGUAGCGCCUUUGAGGUGAAGCAGCACCCGUUCUUCACAGAGCUGGACUGGAACAGCCUGCUGAGGCAGAAGGCCGAGUUCAUCCCCCAGCUGGAGUCUGAGGACGACACCAGCUACUUCGACACUCGCUCUGAUCGGUACCACCACGUAGAUUCAGAAGAAGAGGACGACACAAACGACGAGGAACACGUAGAGAUCAGACAGUUCUCCUCCUGCUCGCCUCGCUUCAGCAAGGUGUACAGCAGCAUGGAGCGUCUGUCCCUGCACGAGGAGAAGAGGACUCCUCCUCCAACCAAACGCAGCCUGAGCGAGGAGGGCGGGGAUCGCCUCGACAGCCUGAGCGGACUCAAGUCCAGAGAUCGAUCGUGGCUGGUCGGAUCUCCUGAGAUCCUGCGGAAGCGUCUGUCCGUCUCGGAGUCGUCCCACACAGAGAGCGACUCCAGCCCGCCUCUGACCGUCCGCAGACGCUGCUGUUCAGCCAUCAUCGAGAUGCCGCGCUUCGCCAUCUCCUCGGAGGAAGAAGGAGGCCAAGGUGCGGCAGGAAGUCGUAAGAGCCCCAGCCUGUUGGGUCUGUCUGCAGUGAGGGGCCCGCGCUGUGACGAGCUGCCCCUCGCCAUCCCAGAGCUCCCUGUGGAGAGAGAGCUGAAACUGGACGAGUCGCCCACCACGCCGGGCUCCACCUGCAGCCGGCUGAGCAAUGCCACGCUCACACCGGGGAGUUCAGGAGAUGUUUGUGAUCGUGGCGGCGUCCGAGGAAACGGCGGUAACGGUUUUGCCGCUGGAGCUGCUAAAGCUUCAGGCGACAGCGAGUCUCCGUCGACUCCGAGGGCGAUCAGCGACCUGGCCAUCCGCAGAGCUCGCCAUCGUCUGCUCUCCGGGGACGCGGACAAACACGCGCCGACGACGAGCUCCAGACCGCUCAACAAGGUCAUCAAGUCGGCGUCUGCGACCACGCUGUCGCUGAUGAUCCCUUCAGAUCACCACGGAGCCUCCCCAUUGGCCAGCCCGAUGUCCCCGCACUCGCUGUCCUCCAAUCCCUCGUCCCGGGACUCCUCCCCGAGCAGAGACCUGUCCCCUGCCGUGACCUGCUCCAAGCCCGCCAUCAUCAUCCACCGGGCGGGUAAAAAGUACGGCUUCACCCUGAGGGCCAUCAGAGUGUACAUGGGAGACUCUGACAUCUACACCGUGCACCACAUGGUCUGGCACGUGGAGGAGGGCGGUCCGGCCCACGAUGCGGGGCUGAGGGAGGGGGACCUGAUCACCCACGUCAACGGAGAGGCGGUUCACGGUCUGGUUCACACCGAGGUGGUGGAGCUCAUUCUGAAGAGCGGUGCCAAAGUGUCCAUCUCUGCCACCCCGUUUGAAAACACGUCCAUCAAGGUCGGCCCCGCCCGAAAGACGAGCCACAAAUCCAAGAUGGCGAGACGCAACAAGAAGACCAAGAACAAGGAGGGACAGGAAAGUAAGAAGAGGACGUCUCUGUUCAGGAAGAUCACCAAGCAGGCGUCUCUCCUCCACACCAGCCGCAGUCUCUCCUCUCUGAACCGCUCUCUCUCCUCCGGGGAGAGCGGCCCCGGAUCGCCCACGCACAACCUGUCACCGCGCAGCCCGACUCAGGGCUACAGGUCCACGCCAGACUCGGCCCACUCAGUCGGUGGAAACUCGUCUCAGAGCAGCUCUCCCAGCUCCAGCGUCCCAAACUCCCCCGCCUCCUCGGGUCACAUCCGGCCCAGCUCCCUGCACGGCCUCGCCCCGAAGCUGCAGCGUCAGUACCGCUCGCCCCGACGCAAGUCAGCGGGCAACAUCCCCCUCUCCCCGCUGGCCCGCACGCCCUCGCCCACCCCUCAGAGCAGCUCGCCUCAGCGCUCGCCCUCCCCCUUAUCCGGCCACGCUCUGGGACAGUCUGCGGCGGGUCAGUCGUUCCCCGUCAAGCUGCACUCCUCCCCUCCCCUGGCGAGGCAGAUUUCUCGGCCCAAGAGCGCAGAGCCUCCGCGCUCUCCGCUCCUCAAGAGGGUGCAGUCGGCCGAGAAGCUGGCCUCCUCGCUCUCUAACGCCCCCUCCUCGCCCUCGGGGGUUCCGUCGGCGGGGGACAAGAAGCUGGCGGUGGGAGCGGCCGUGGGGAGUCGGAAACACAGCCUGGACAUCUCACACUCAGAUUUUAAAAAGGAGAUCCUGCAGAGAGAGCCCAGCCUGCAGAGCCUUCAGGAGUCGGCGAGCGAGGGUCUUCUGUCCUCGGGGGGACGCGGCGUGGAGAAGGGCAGCUUGCACAAACACUCGUCUUCAUCCAGGAAGUUGGGCCGUCAGGAGGGGGACGGCGGCCUCGGCUCAGUGCCGGGCUCUCUGGGUCUGACCCCCGGGAAGAGCAAGCUGAAGGACAAGCUGUCGGCCAUCAGGCAGGACCGAGCCGAGCGGAGGGAGUCGCUGCAGAAACAAGACGCCAUCCACGAGGUCGACUCAUCGGAGGACGAGACGGACGAGGGUUCGGAGGACAGCCAGGACGGACGCAGGGGGACCACCUUCACCCCUCCUCCCCCUCUGCUGCGGCCCACCACUGUGAGAACGGGUCCCGGAGGCACCCUCCCCUCACUCUGCCUCUCCCCCUGCACCCCCCACGCCACGUUCACCCACACAGGACCCUCCUCCAUAGGCAGGCCCACUCCCUCACACACCCUCCCCUCAGUGACAGAGGCCAAGCCCACUCAGAGCGCCCCCUUACCCGGACUAAAGGAGACAAGGUCCACUUCUGAGGACAGUUCAAAACCAGAGAGGAACGUUUUUGAGCCGAGCGGGACCACAAAACCCACUCAGAGCCCCCUCCCCUUCUCCACCCCUGGCAGUGCUUUCAUCUCAGUCAGCAAGGACACUUUUCUCAAGCCGAGUCCUCCACAAGACUCCAAAAGUCUGAGGGGGAAGACAGCGCCUUCAGAGCCCAGGACAGAGGACCGACCCCCGGAGAGAACCACGGCCCCCUCUACCACCAUCACUACAACGACAACAACCACGACGAGCGCCACAGACUCCAGAACCACCACCUGCACCACAGACUCCAGAACCACCACCUGCACCACAGACUCCAGAACCACCACCUGCACCACAGACUGCAGAACCACCACCUGCACCUCAGACUGCAGAACCACCACCUGCACCACAGACUGCAGAACGCCCGACGGCCAGGAGACGCCCCGUGCCUCCUGCUCCUCCCCCAGCAUCCCCAAAGAGAAGAAGGAGGCCGACAACCGGAGGCUGUGCGCCGCUGCAGCUGCGAGUCUGAACGCGUCGCCGUCGUCUUCUACUACUUCCGGCUGCAGCUCCACGUCCAGCUCCCCGGUGCCAGCCCCUGAAAGCAGCGUGGACAAGGUUGUUUCCCAGCUCGCGACGGUGGCUAAGAGCGUUCUGGGUCCAGUGAAACUCAUCACGGCUGCAGACAAGAGCCAGACGGAGCAGAAACAAUGCAAAGGAGGCGCGGUGGAAGUCCAAACAUCCAUUCCUGUUUCAUUUCCCAAACAGACCCCUCAGCUGCCUCGGCUCUCAGAGUGCACAACCAAACAGAAAGCUGAGCAGGUGUCCUCUUCUACCACCGUGCAGAAGUCUGUCAAACCCACAACCGCGCUUUCAUCCUGCAAGGACGCCCCAGAGCCGCGUUCUGCAUCAGGGUCUAAGCCUGUACCUGCAGCAGCGGCUCAGCCCGCCCUCAACACAACCCCGAGCUCCUCUGCAGCAUCUGAGCCACAACGCAAGAGGCCAGAACCCCAGACCACAACUGCCACCAUCACCACUACCACCACCGCUGUGUCCGCCUCCUCACAACAAGACAAAGCAUCCAGCAAGAAGACGUAGCAGCAAAAACAGACUCAAAGAAACCAGAACAAAAAAUGUACAAAAAAAACUCACACAAACUGCAUGUCUGCAAGACGACAUACACGGCACUAAGCAGAGAGUUUGACUGAGAAAAGCAGAAGAUAGCAGAGGCAGAUGUGGUCGUCCAUUCCAGCUGUUCUGUGCUCUUAAUGUUCAUGUGAGUUCUUUGGUGUCCUGACUCUUCGGUUUUUCUGCUUUCAGACGAAAAAGGAGUUUGCCUUCUUUUUUCCAUCUUUCUGCAAAAUGUGUACGGGGGCUAGAGAUAAAAAUGUGAGUGGUCCAUGCAGGAAUGAUUUUAAAAUAUGUCACACACACACACCUCUCUCUCUCUCUCUCGCUCUUGAUCUUCUUGUGCUGCCUCGUUACUUUUCACCUUGAUGUGUGGCAGACAGAUCAGGACGUGCCUUACUGAACACACACACACACACACACACUCCUUCCCUCUCGCCUUUCCUAACAACUUCUCCUCAGCAAUGAAACAAAAAAGAGAAAGGUUGUUAAAGUGCAGGAAGUGUUGCGCAAUCUGUGUACAUGCAUCACAGUGUUUUUAAUAGAGCUAAACCUGCACCCAGCUGUAGUCAGAUAUCAUGAACCAGUCCUGCAGCUGGACACAAUGGAGACGUAUUCCCUGCAGGCCAAGCUUUAGUGAUUCAAAGAGUCCUGAGCUUUACUUCAAAUCCCAACAUCUGGAUGACUCUCCUUCAUUCUUGUCCAGCUGUGAUGACGAGUUAGAUAUUCCUCUUUAUUCUACUGCAGCUUGUACUCCAAGCCUUUUUGAAUGCCUUUUCUAAGGCGUUCAUUUCAGCCACCUGCCACAGAUUUGACUGAAGCAUUCUCAUAUUUUUCAUGCUAAAUUCACAGUUCUGACAUUAAGUAUUCCUUCCACUCCAGCUUCUUAAAAUGUCUUAAAAUCAGAUUGAUUAUAAAAAUGAGAACGUCUCGUUUCAAGAUGUUUGUGAUGAGAAAUUAGACACACUAGUUUCUGCAGUGCACACACACACACAUUGAGCUGCAGAAUGCGUACUGAGCAUGCUCAGACUGACCUCAUCCUGUUGGACCUCCACCUCUUUCUUUCUGGCCCCCCGUCAGCCACUGAAGGCUGCUCUCGUUUGUAUUUCUUAUCUGGACCAACUUGCUGUGUUGUGUUGCCUCUAAUCCUGUAAACUUCUCCGACUUGACUUUGUUUCAUGUGUAUGUGUGUGUGUGUGAGAGUGUGUGUGUGUGUGUGUGAGAGAGUGUGUGUGUGUGUGUGUGUGUAUGGGUGUGAGUGAGCGAGCGUUAGUUCAUUUGUGCAUGGUUAUCUGUGUAUAUAUAUAAGAGUAUUUAAAGUUCUGUUGUGCAUCUGUUUUAUA